CCAGUUCGAAGCACAUCCGCCAGCUGCUCUCCCAAAGCAGAAAGAGGGAACAAAUGCAUCCGACCUCGACCCCCACUGCGUCACCUCAGUUGUACAUACGUAGCUACAUACAUGCACUGUUGAAGAAGAUACAUCUCGCCAUUGCUAUCACCAUCGCUUUUGUCAUCGCCAUCAGCAGCCGUAUCGUAGAAAUCAAAACAAAACACGGAGAAUAAAAAAAAAAGAAGAGAAGGCUCACUGCUGCUCGCGUCAGUAUUACGCGCACAUGCAAAGCCUCCCUCUCCUCUUCCAGGGAUUCCGUGAUUGCUUGAUUGAUACCGGCUUGUAUCGCUUGGCGCCAUCCAAUCCUCGCGCCAGGAAUUUGACAAGCAACACGCAGACCGACACACCAAAAGCUACACUAGCGCCACCACUCACUCCCUGGGCUGGCUGCCCGUGGGCCGGCUCCGUCUCUGCCUCCGUCCAUCCAUCCAUUAUCGAGAGAGGGAGAGAUCAAAAUUCUUGACAUCUCGUUUCCAUUGCACUUGCACCGCCUUUGCCCUCGGGUCAAUCAAGCUCACGCCUCGAGAGUCACGACAUCAGUCAGCGGACACCGCUUGGCCCGGGACCGAGGUCAUUUCUGAUUGGCUGACAGCUGGCUGUUGUGCCGCCAUUCAUUUGAAAGUGGCGGGCCGUCAAGCACCACCACCGGGCCGAGAAGCGAGAGGCAGCGAAUGACAGCGAAUGACAGCGAAUGACAGCGAUUGGCAACAGCCGGCCAAGCCGCAAAAGACUUUUUUCUUUUCCAGUGAUGCACUGAUGGCGGAUGGCACAGAAGAAACCUGAUCAGAUCAGUCACCCGUCUCAUUAUCCUCCUCAGCAGCCCGACAUGACUCGGCGCGACCAGCAGCAGCAACAGCAGCAGCAGCAGCAGCAGCAACAACAACAGCAGCAGUUGGACUUUCGGGGAUAUGCUCAGCCACCACAGCAGGCCGCCCAACAACAACAGCAUGCUGCCCAUCAGCAGCACCCUCAACAUCCGCAACAACACCAUGCUGCUCCGCCGGUCCAGCAGUCCAUGGGCCAUGCUCAACAGCCGCAGGCUCCACCUCCCCAGCAGCAGACCCCCACCCCGGCCCCUGCGCCGGCUCCGUCGAGACGGAAGCGGCCCCAGACCGGCGGUCACCCCCCGGCCCAUCCUCCGCCGCACGCGCCCCAGCUCAGUGCUCAGCAUGCUCAGCACCCACAACAUGCUGCUCCGCCCCCAGACGAUGUGACACCUGCUCCGCCCCCACCUCCGGCAAAGAAGAGCCGGACAAACACACCGUGGACGCCGGCGGAGGAGCUUCGGCUGAAGCAGAUGCGUGAUGCCGGUAACAGUUGGGCAGAAAUUGCCAAGACCUUUCCCGCCCGCACAGAGGGUAGUGUGAAGAAGCAUUGGUAUAAGGAUAUGCACUAUGCUGAAUUUGCAGAGGAUGAGUCCGCGGCGUUGAUGAGUGCCAUCAAGGAGUACGAAAACAACAAAUGGAAGGUCAUUGGGCAGAAGGUUGGCAAGCCGGCCAAGGCCUGUGAACAAUACGCAAAGGAGCAUUUCCCAGAGCUGUUUGCGAACCAAAAGAGAUGAUGGAUUUGCCGGCUUCUUUUUCCUAAUACGACCGCUCAAAUCGCUACAAGAAGCAAGGCACCCAGCCGCCUUUGAUACCCGGUGGGAUUCUGCAGGCCUGGUGGAGGCUUUUUUUUAUGCGAGUCUGUUGCAUAAAGCAGCGCCAUGCGUUUGUUAUUCUGUGGAUAUAUAUCUCUUUUGACACGUGAGACCGGUGGUCCUUUCCCCGAAUACUGCACAUUUUCAGGAAAGGCGCCUGGCGUGGAACACACAAAAUUCGACUUUGGCCCUGGGCAUUUUAAUCGGCGCUGCGUUUCCCGACACGCGUUUCAGUCUUUUUUUUUCCUGUUUGGUUAGGAAAUGGGGGCCCACUGGGCACAUCGAUGCUUUAUUGCCUUCAACUUGCAGCUAUAUUCCCCUGGGAUGUUUUUCUCGCGUCAGUAGCGUUUUUUUUUACAACGACGGAUUUGCUCUGGAUCGGGCCUGGCAGGGAUUUUCGCAUUGUUGAGUGUGUGUCUAAUGAUGGCGACAUGGGCCCGUUCUCUUUCCCUCCGGCAAGGAGGAGGGAAUGGAGGGAACACGAAUACAGAUUCUUCAGCCUCGCCUUGUUCGACUCGUGUGUUGGAUGUGUCUUGGUUUUGACAGAACCCGGGCUGUUUAUCUCCUCGCGGUAGGCAUCUUGGUUUGCUCCGCCAUGACCUUAUUAAGCAGAUCGAACUAUUCAAGUAAAGGGUUGGCAAAUGCCUUGUCGAGAUCUUCUCAGCUUGUGACGAUCAAGGGAUGCUACUGAUGGAGAUGCUCGGGGUACAUCACCCAUCCCACGCAAGCCGAUGGAGAACACAUAUCUCAUCUUGACCAUGUGAACUAGGCAGACCAGACUGCUGUGUCAAUGAUCAAUCAUGUAUGUAAAAAUUCAGAUAUUUAGUUGACCUCUCG